AUGCAACGGUUCACCAAGGAAAUAGCAAAAGAAAAGAACAUCGAGAACAAAUUUAGCAAUCCAGAAUUCAAGGCCACAAUUGAAUACCACCAGAAACGUUGUCAUAACACCGAAGUGACUGUCUACAGUCAUCUGAUUCAUAUGACCGAGAAAAAAUUUCCACUGCCGAAGAUUUUCUUUAUGAAGAAAUUCUCCGAAAACAACCCACUAAAGGGAUAUAUCAUCAUGGAGUAUUUGGACAAACUGAAAACGGUGCACAUCUAUGAAAACGUGACAACGGGAACUGUGAAACAGAUUCUUCGAGCGAUAGCUGUACUCGAAGCGAUGUCCCUUGAUUUUUCUCUACAAGAAAAGGAUGAAUUCAUGGAUAAACCGUUCACUGGAAUUUGUGGAGCUUUUUUCAAUAAAGAGACACUCGGCAACUUGAUGGAGAUUUUGCGCACCUUUAUAGGACAUCUGUCAAGUAAAUUUGACCGACUAGAGAAGGCUCUCCUACAUCUGGUGGAUCUUGAAUGGGCGGAUAGAUUACCCGAAGAAAUUGGUAUGCGACCUGUUCUCUGUCACGGAGACCUCUGGUCAAUGAACAUUCUCUGGAGGACAAAUAAAGAUAACCUCAAAAUAGCCGCUGUUAUCGACUUUCAGACUGCUCAUUUUGGAUGUCCCGCAUUUGAUCUCGUCCGUGUGAUGUGUGCAUGUCUUAGCGGAAAAGACCGCCAAGAACAAUGGGAAGAAUUGUUGGACGAGUUUUAUGGAUACUUGAAAGAGGAAUGUGGUAACAGAGACAUGCCCUACACGUUGAAGCAGCUCAAAGAAUCGUAUCGCCGAUUUUUCCCUCUUGGCGGUUUGAUGAUAAUGCCUAUGAUUGGGCCUCUAUUCGACAUAAUUUGUAAGAGUGGCGAUAAAGAACAAAAUCAGAAGGUGAUUUUAAAGGUAAUACAUCCAGGUCAGAGAACGAACAAUUAG